CUGGUCAACUGGUACGGAGUACACCUCCUGCACAUCCUCGUAUUACCACCCAAUUCCUGCUGGCGGCAACCAACAACCGUGUGACUACCCCCCUUUUUUCCCCAGUCGUACGUAGUACGUGCCUUACCUCGCCUUGCCUGUGCCUUGCUCGUGCCCACCUUUCGCCCAUCCACGAUUCGCUGUGCCCCAUCGUUAAUUCCUCGAUCCUGAUUUCUUCUGUCGCUUCCUCCCAGCUUCCUUGCCUCACCUCCUCCGACCCUUCUCUCUGUUUGUUCAUCCUUUUUCCCACCUCUCCCCCAGCUGUGUGCAGAUUGAUCCAGGCCUCUCUUCUCUUGCCUCGUCAAUUUGCCCUUCUGGUGUUUCUUUGCACCUGCGUCCAUCUUGUUUGACUUGAUCAUUCAUCACACUCUUUUACACCAGUGUACUUACUGAUCCUUCUCUCGCUUGAAACCAAGAAAUAGACUCUUUGCCAAAGACCGUCUUACUUUUUAUAUAAUAUCACACCAACGCUCUCUUGAAACUCGGUUCAUAUACAAGCCACACAUAACAACCAUGUACUCAGCCAAGGGAGUUAUUCUGGCUGCCCUCGUGGCCGGUGCCUCGGCCGCCGUCGAGCCCAUCGUCGCAAAGGGUCAGCACUUCUUCUACAAGAACGGCACCCAGUUCUACAUCAAGGGUGUUGCGUACCAGCAGGACACCGGCUCCUCCGAGGCUGCCAAGCGGUCCACGUCGAGCGGUCCCGAUUACCUCGACCCCCUGUCCGACGAGGACCUCUGCAAGCGAGAUGUUCCCAUCUUGAAGGCUGCCGGUACCAACGUCAUCCGCACUUACGCCAUCAACCCCGCCGCCAACCACGACGCCUGCAUGCAGCUGCUCGCCGACGCCGGCAUCUACGUCAUCUCCGACCUGUCGUCGCCCGACGAGGCCAUCAUCCGCAGCAACCCCCAGUGGGACACCGCCCUGUACAAGCGCUACACCUCCGUCGUCGACGCCCUCGGCAAGUACGACAACACCAUCGGUUUCUUCGCCGGCAAUGAGGUCUCCAACAACAAGAGCAAUACCGAUGCCUCGGCUUUCGUCAAGGCCGCGGUUCGUGACACCAAGGCCUACAUCGCCGACAACAUGGACCGCUGGAUCGGUGUCGGCUACGCCGCCAACGACGACGCCGCCAUCCGCAACAACAUGGCCGAGUACUUCAACUGUGGUGAGGCCGAGGAGUCCAUCGACUUCUGGGGCUACAACAUCUACGAGUGGUGCGGUGACAGCAGCUUCCAGAAGUCCGGCUACUCCGAGGUUGUCUCGUUCUUCUCCAACUACUCCAUCCCCGUUUUCUUCGCCGAGUACGGUUGCAACACCGUCGAUGGCGGUGCGGGCCGUACUUUCCAGGAGACCAGCGCGCUGUACUCGAGCGACAUGACUGAGGUCAUUGCUGGCGGUAUCGUCUACAUGUACUUCGAGGAGGACAACGACUAUGGCCUGGUCAGCGUCGUUGACAAGUCCAGCGUCAAGCCCUUCAAGGCUUACACCUCCCUGAGCUCCCGCAUCGCCGCUGCCACUCCCAGCUCCGUCGCCAUGGAUGCCUACCAGCCCACCAACUCGGCCGCUGCUUGCCCUGUCAUCGGUGCUUCUUGGGCCGCUGCCUCUUCCCUGCCCCCAACCCCCGACUCCGAGCUCUGCGAGUGCAUGUUCAACUCCAUCUCCUGCGCUCCUUCCUCCAGCCUGGACGAGGAGGAUUACGGCGACAUCUUUGGUUACAUCUGUGGCGCUGACCCUGCAGCGUGCGCUGGUGUCAACGGCAACGCCUCCACCGGUGUCUUCGGUGCCUACUCCAUGUGCAACUCGACCCAGAAGCUCGGCUACGUCCUCGACACUUACUACAAGGCCCAGAAGUCGGCCUCCGACGCCUGUGACUUUGACGGCAAGGCUGUUACCCAGUCCGGCAGCAGCUCCAGCGGAGACUGCAAGGCCAAGCUCGCCAGCGCCAGCUCCGCCAACGCGGUCGCCGCCACCGCCACCGCCGGCUCCGGCUCCUCCGGCUCUUCUUCUGGAUCCUCCAGCAGCUCGUCUUCGAGCUCCCUGGCCACCCCCUUGCACAUGAAGAGCUUCUUCAGCAUUGGUGACAUGGCUGUCGGUCUCUGGGCUGUCAUGGCCAUGGGAGCUGGUGCUGCUGUCUUUGCCCUGUAAGGAUGACCAGCCAAUGGUGCUGGUGAAUGCCUGUUUUUCGGCAGAGGGGCCUCGGAGGCGUCGUGAGUCUGCAUGGCGGCGUUGCGAUGAUAUCCGACACCGUCCGGAGCAGUGACAUUAUCUGCAUGUGGCGGUGUCAAAACACUUGCAUUUUUUCUAUGUAGGAUAGAGACUUUCGUCUUGUCAGGAAUCGAUCAAUUUUGUCAUUCAGAGAAGGCGAGAGCACGGUGCGAAGACCGGGUAUGAGCAUCUGUUUUCGGUAUGCCUAAUAUGUGUGUACGGCGUUUUAACAUGCAGCUUCUACUCCUCAUAGAAGGUAAAUCGAAUGGAUCGCGCGGGUAUUGGUAGGCCUCGUUCAAUUCAAAGUUUAAUGACUACAACUAUCCUCACAAGCAAGCAGCAUCACAACAAGAUCCAUCGCGGGCUCCUUAGGUCGAUCUGAUAGUUCCCAGCCUUCAACUCGUAGUCACGUCGCUGUUUGCGAGCCAUAGGACUAGUUUGCUUGCUCACAGCGAGUGAAACCCUUAACCGUUCGCGAUGCGUCUGGGCUUCCAACCAGGCCAAGUUCUGCCGCCGGCGCUGGUAGUACAUGAUGCUUCUCAUCGAUAAUGGGCGUCUCAGCACAAUACGCUUUCUCGUCCUGAGAUGAGCCUUGCGUGCCAUGCCGCGCCUGGUCCUUCCACGUCCGCCCGGCCUCUCGGCCAGUUGUCGAUACCAAUCCUGUGCGCGAACCCCGCCGCUGGCCGUAUCGGUGCUUCGUUCCAUGCAGGCUUGCGAAUAUGGGGCGUUUUGGUCACAAGCGUCGUCUCCGCUAGCUCUUGGGUCGAGAGGAGCAGUCUCCCCGGAGUCUUCGUUGUGGAUUUCAUGGAUGUGUGGGCGAGCUGGACGUUGAGGAUGUCGUGGAGGCGCCUGGUGUUGGGCCAACACCGUACCGGUGAGGCCCAGGAGGAGUAGAGUUGUC